AUGCCUCAACAAACCAGUGAUAUCAAAAUCAUUGUCCUAGUCUUCUUGUUUAUGAUUACACUUUUUCCCAAUCUGUUCCAUUAUAUCUGGACCCUUCCUCUCAGCCUCAUCUUUUCACGGUCGCCACCACUAGCGGAUUCUACGCCCAUCAUGUCUUGGGCACAAAAGCAAAUUACACUCCAGGAACAGUCUCGUGGCUCAUAUCUCGUCACAGACGAAAUAGUGAAAGCGUUGCCGGAGAUUCGAAACUACAAGGUUGGAUUGUUGAAUUUAUUCAUCCAGCAUACAAGCUGCGCUCUCAGCCUCAACGAGAACUGGGACGAGGAUGUGAGAGCAGACAUGAGCGAUGCUCUUGAUCGCAUUGCGCCAGAAUACCUGGUCAAAGGAAAGGAGCUGUAUAGACACAGCGCUGAAGGCGCUGAUGAUAUGCCGGCUCAUAUUAAAUCAGCACUCAUUGGUGCUAGCGUCACGAUUCCAAUUCAGAAUGGCAAAUUGGCCACGGGAACAUGGCAGGGAAUUUGGUACUUGGAAUUCAGGGCAAGACCACACCAGCGCAAGAUCAUGGCCACCAUUCAAGGAGAAAAGUACACAUAA